GUGUUUGUUGUUAUACCUCUUUUCAUUGCCCAAUUUUCUUUUUUAUUUAAUCUGACCAUCAUUGUAGCAGCAGUGAUAACUCUUAUAGGCGUCUGUUAUCGCUAUCUCUUCGUGAUAAAAACUGUUGUGAACCGGAAUUUUUAACCAUUUCACAUCUUAGUGCUGUAUUCGUCACAUCAAACUAUUGAACAAAAUGGACAGCUGCGCGGCUAACAAUUCGACACCUGUAGACCUUAACAUCUUUCCAGAUGGUCUUAAAACAUCGGGACAACAUCCGCCAAUACCCGAAUUGGUUCAACCAUAUUCCUCAUUUCCGAAAAUCAUCACUGGUCCCACUUUGUGGAAGGCAGAAGACUAUCAAAACAAUCCUGAGCAUUGGGUUCGUCACUUUACCGACGAAGAGAUUGAGGACUUAAGUUCAGCUGCGGAUAAAUUCAUUGCGGACAAAAUUCCUUUGACUGGCAUUUCCAAAUCGAAUUUCGUACUCUUCAAGUUACCGGAAGUUCUUUCGGUGAUAAGGAACGAUUUGCUGAACGGCAAAGGAUUCAUACUUUUCAAAGGAUUUCCAGUUGAGAAAUGGGGCACUCACAAGACUGCGGUUGCAUAUAUGGGGCUAGGCACUUACUUUGGAUAUUUUGUGAGUCAAAAUGGUCGUGGACACGUUUUGGGGCAUGUGAAAGAUGUAGGUGAUGAUCCCACACAGAUCGAUAAGGUUCGAAUCUAUAGGACAACGGCUCGUCAAUUCUUCCACACAGAUGAGUGCGACAUUGUUGGCCUUUGCUGUAUAAAUCGUGCAUUCGAAGGUGGCGAAUCUGACAUUUCAUCCACUCACAAUGUUUGGAAUGUAUUGCAAGCCGAACGGCCAGACGUAGCGGAGACUCUCACCAAGCCGAACUGGUACUUUGAUCGCAAAGGUGAAACGUCCACUGGUCAGCAGGAGUAUAUCAAACAAGCGGUAUUUUACCUAGAGCCACAGGCAAAUGGACGCGUCCUAGCAAAAUGGGAUCCGUACUACGUGAAAUCUCUAAGCAGAUUCUCUGACAGUGGUGAAAUUCCCGCACUAAGCCCGGAUCAGAUUGAUGCAAUGCAAGUGUUGGAAGAUACGUGCACUCGGUUGAAAUUGCACAUGAUUCUCGAAGUUGGCGACAUUCAGUUUAUAUGCAAUGCACAAGUGAUGCACAGUCGGUCAGCAUACAAGGAUCAUCUUCCGCCGCAGCCGAAAAGACAUUUGAUGCGAUUGUGGUUGUCGACGCCGGAAAUGGAAGGUGGUUGGAAGUUGCCAUUCCACGAUUCCAAUGCAAAGAAACGAAGAGGUAUUCAGGUUGAUGAUCGGCCGCCGUAUGCUCCAUUGGAUGCGGAAUAGGAUGGUUUUAUUUUUGCAUUUGUCUAUGUGUAAAGGUGUUCGUGCUACUUGUUUUUAUGUAACGACAGACGGAGAGAGACAAUAAAAUUUCCCAAUUUUUUAUUCAUUCGAAA